AUGUCAGAAUCCAACGCCACAAAUGGUUCGAUUGGUUAUUCCUCUUACCAGCAAAAGUACCCAUCUACAGCAGGAUUUCCUGCUAAUGACCUGGCCUCGAUAAUCCUGUUCUUUUCUAUCAUAGCUCUUCUUUUUGUAUCUUUUGUAUUCUACUUUUGGUUUACUCAAUGGCACAAGAUUCCUCCUCAACAAAGGCACGAAGAAGAGCUAGAGCAUCAAAAAGAGGUCGAUCUUCUAGUCGAGAAUUUAAAGCAACAAGCAAAGACAACCUUUAAGAUACCUUUCAUCACCCUCAUAAUCGUAUUAUGGAAAAGUUCUCUAUAUUCAAGUCAGUUCUCCCCAGACGCACACACAUUGACACUGUCAGAGCAGCAACAACAAGCUCCAAUGUCUCACGAGUACCGCAAAGUGUUUUUUCAUCGGUUCACACAUUUAUUCUCCAUCAUGUUUAUGACAGCUAUGGCAAUUGCGUUAGCUAUUCUCAUUGGCACAGUAAGCACGCCUGUGGCCUCAAACACCUCCAGUGUACUACAGUCAUGUCUAUUUGUAUUCGUGGUCUGCAUCAACUUGUUUUUUAUCACACGGCAGCGUUUCUACUACAAGGAUCGCAAACAACUCUUUGGUGAAGACGAUGCUCACAUCAAUGCCGUUUACAAGACCCAAUUUAAAGACUGGAACCCCAAGAUGUUAUCAAACUGGAUCCAGAUUGCCAUUCUCACAAUCGAAUUCUUUCAGUUGCUGACAUUUCCACUACGAGAUCUUAUUACCGUAAAUUCAUUUGAUGAAGGACACGGUGGUGAGCAAACCAAGUUUACUCAUCUGGUGUCCCUUGUCAUGAAUGCAGGAGGAUUUAUGCCAGAUAUGAGAACUCCAACAUGGUACACAUAUUCCGUCUGGACUGCUUUUGCCGCCACAAUAGUAAGCUUCAUUGUUGCAGUUGUGUUUCAUUGCGUGAAUCUUUGGCGGCCCUACAAACUUCCUACUCGAUGGGUUCGGUGGUGCAUUCCUGUGGCGACAACAUUUGUAAGUUCUGCCGCCUGUCAAUCUCUCAAUAUACCCACACAUGAAUAUUCAGAAAAUCUUCGAUGUCAUUCCUCUCAAAUAUCGCAACAGCUCUAUCUGUGGAUGUCGCUUAUUGGAUAUGUACUCGCAUAUCUCCUGAUGACAGUCUUUCUUACAAGUUAUGAAAGAAUACCUCAACAAAACGAAAUUGCUUUCAAAUCUGUCAGUGUCGCUUUUAUUAAAAAUAUGGGCCUUUUGCUUGCCAUUGUUUUCCUCUUGGUCGAGUCUACAACAAACAAGAACAGAAUGCGGGCUAUCAUGUCUAUUACGAUUCUUUUGACUAUGAUAUGCUAUAAUAUAAAAUCAAAGCCUUGUUACGUUGAUAAGAUCAAUUUCUUUCGAACAGCCUCUUUUAGUUGCAUAUUAUGGGCCUCGGUCUUGGUGGCUAUUCUCAGUGAUACUAAUGCAGCUCAAAGUCUUGGUCCUCUUGCUGUACUCUGUAUUAUUAUUGGUGGAUGGGCUAUCAUCAUAUUUCUUUUUCUUCUAAUUUACAUAAUUUAUUACAAGCAACCUGCCGAGUACACAGAAGAUGACCGGAUUGACUCCGGAAUUAUGGGAGUAUGCGAAGAGGCUCCAAUAGUUAAUACAAACUGGACAGCCAAAGGAAAGCAGAGAAUUUCAGAAAGAGAGUUGGAAGAUACACUAAAUCAGUAUUAUACUGGAGCAGCGACACGUAUUCCAGUCAAAAACACAUUAGAAGCUUUGCGAGAACAAAAUGCUCCCCUUUCCUUUAAAGAAACAACUACCAGACAUCAUCAAGAGCCAGUGGAAGAGGAAGGAUGGGUUGACUGGGCAACAAAACUGUGGCGAAGAUAA